CCUCCGACCGCCCACGCACGCGAGAAAAGGGGGAGAAAGUGCUUUGUCAAUGAGGGCACACAACGCUGGGAGCGGCAGAGAAAUAAAGUUUCCGAAUAUCUCUCUCUCAGAAUACUGAAACGAAUUAAUUAAUAUCUGUUGGAUUGUAACACUGUUUCAAUUAUCCCUUCGUCGCGGACUGGGACUCUGAAAUACAGGACGGUCCUUCUCUCCAUGCAUUUUAGCACUUUGAGGAAGUAGUAAGCCAUGGUGGUCAGAUUGACGUUUCACUUGGUCGCAGCAUACGCUGUCUGUCUGGUUGCGUCGGUCAAGGGAGAUCACUGCCUCAUCAUCAGCGAGGUCAACGCAGACAACCCCAGACUGGACACCACAGAGUUUGUCGAGCUGUAUCACACUGGAGGUCAGAGGGCAUCAUUGGAUGGCUACACUCUGGUGUUCUACAAUGGUAACGGCAACAUAGCCUACAAAGUACUUGACCUGAAGACCCACACCACAGAUGACCGGGGUUUUUUCUUGGUUGGAUCGGUGGACAUGGUGCCCAAACCUGCCAUCCUCCUCCCGCCCAAUACUGUCCAGAAUGGCCCGGAUGCCAUCGCGCUGUACCACACGUCUGCCGCGCGCUACGUGGAGAAGAUGAACGCUACGGCCGUGGGUCUGGUGGACGCCAUAGUGUACAUGACGCGACGGUCUGGUGGUGCGGAGGUGCUUGCUGAGAUGCUAACCCCUGGGGAGCAGGCCUUCGUAGAGGACGAGGGCGUCCACGAGGGAGACGAGUCCAUCGAGAGGUGCCUGGAAUCUGGGGAAAGCUGGGUUUUCCAAGUUGCCCUGCCUUCACCCGGACAACGAAACCACUGCAAGCCCCCUGGUCCUGGCGCAGGCACCCUCCGUAUCAGCGAGCUGAGGCUGGGAGGGGGGCAGACGGAUGGGUUUGUGGAGCUAAGCAAGUCCCAGGCUGCAGGGCCGUUCGUACUGCUGGUGCUGGAUGGGCGGACGGACACGGUCAGUGAGAGUGUGGAUGUACACACCUCCGGGGGAGGCCUGGUCCACAUCACCAUUGACAAGAAGAAAAUGAAAGGAGAUGAGUCGUGGGCUGUUGCGCUUUAUAGUGGCAGGGCCUCUGACUUCCCUGUGGGGAGCCCCCUGAGCCAGACGCAGCCCCUAGAUGCCUUUGUGUUUGCCGGACCAGGGGACCAACCUAGUAAUAACCUCACAGAGACGCUAAUACCAGGCAGAAAGGCCUACCAGCUCAGCGCCAGGUUUGGGGAUGGAGGCCUCUACUUGAGUCGAUGUGGUGUUGCUAGUUGGACAAGAGACCCUGGUGUAUUCUGGGAAGUGCCGCAAACCCCCGGGCAGCCCAACCAGUGCCCCUGGCCGAAGAUCUGCCCUCAUACCACUGUGGUCCCCGGCGGUACCGAGGUGCCCCCUCAUCUACCUCCUUGGAGCCGGGGGGACUUCCUGAUUAGCGAGGUGAACGCAGACAACCCGGGUUCGGCAGAGGACGGCGAGUUCAUCGAGCUGUGGCACCCGUCGGGCCGUCGCGUCUCCCUGCAGGCCGUGUGGCUCCUCCUGUUCAGUGGACACAACCGCAAACCGUACCGCGAGAUCAGCCUCACCGGCCACUUCACUACCGCCCAAGGCUACUUCCUGGUGGGCAGCGAUAGGCUCGUUCCGGCCCCGUCGGUCCGUCUGCCCCCUAACACCAUCCAGAACGGGCCGGACGCGGUUGCCUUGUACCGCAGCCCCUUGGGUCCUCCCUCCGCCUCCCAGGCAGGGAUCCCAACCCAGGGGCUGCUGGACGUGGUGGUGUACCGCCUGAGGGGCUCGGACAAGGACGCCCAGGAGCUGAGCGAUGCGUUGACCCCGGGACAGCUCCCCCUGCUGGAGGACCCAGAGGUGCAGCCGGGGGACGAGGCAUUGAGCCGCUGUAACAACCUGCUACCCGCCGACCUCUCUGCUUUUGUGGUGGCCCCACCCACACCUCUGAGGGAGAACUCCUGCCCACGCCCGCCCCCUCCCCCGGAGGGUGUGGUCAUCAGUGAGGUGGGCGGUGCCCGCUGGACCAACCAUAGCCAGCAGAGGGGGUUUGUGGAGCUGCUGGGACCGCCCCUGACAUCUCUACAGGGCCUUGUUUUGACUGUGUUUGAGGAACAUCGUGCUGGUACAACCAUGGCCCUUCCUCUGACCGGCAUGACUGACCACAAUGGCUUCUACCUCAUUGGGAACGUUACCGGAGCAGACCAGUUGUUUCCGGUCGGGGCCACAAUUCCACCCAAUGGGGCUGUAGUCCUGUGUUCUGACACGGUGACAGUGUGUAGAGCCGGCACCACCCUGACCAACAGCACGCUCCGUGACACCCUGGUGUUCAGUGAUGACCUCAAACUGUUGGUCAAACUCUCAGCCACUAGAGGGCAGCAGGUGAUGCCUGUACUCAGGUCAGUGGACGAUGGCCCUUUGUCUCUAAGCCGUUGCUCCUGCUGCGAAGCUAGAAGCCCUUCCUCCUGGACCAGCUCCUCACCCACUCCACGCCUGACCAACAUCUGCCCCAGUCCCGCCUUCUCCAGCAACAUCGACAUAUGCCUUGCGCCCCUCUCUGGGGAUUGGCAGGAGCGCCCAGGAAACUGCAGUGGGCUGGCACAGGAUCACAAUGAAGUUGAUGUGGCCGGCUACCUGGAAGAGAGAUGUCACUGUGGUAUCUCUGCCCUCUACCUGCAGGUGGCCAACUUCUCCUGUGUGGCUGGGUGGCUGCGUGUUCGGGGAAACAUCCAGGCGCUGUCAGACCACCAGAGGGGCCUCAUCCUCCAGACCUCCCCCACCCAGGGCGACACCUGCACCGGCCCAGCGAUCAACCGGCACAUCAGCUCAGAGUCUGCCUUGGGCCUGCAGAUUGGCCUGGUGCUGGGUGUUCUGGUGCUGCUAGGACUGUCCGCUGUUCUUUUUGCCUACCUCUACAAGAAGAGGCGACCACUGGACUAUUACUCUAUGGAGUUGAAUGAACAUGGAGAGGGACUUUCAGAACUUUGAGAGUGAGCAAGAGAGAAAGAAAGAGAGAGAGAGUUUGUGUGUGAGUGCGUGUGCGUGUGUGUGUUUCUUGUGAAGAGUGAAGGGAAGUCCUUUUUUUUUUUUUUACAUUGUGUUCAUCUGUUUGUUUUGAAUGGGGAUCUCCAACUAGAUAAAGGACCAGCACCAUGUUUGUUAAUGUAUACAAAUUGCCAUACUUUUCCCUCCAUCAUAAAAUUCCCAGUCAAUGUUGCACCAGACGUACUGCUUUGUAAUAAUCAUGGUAACACUGUCCUGUGCCUAUGUUUUUAUAUUUCUUGAAUUUAAAAAAUUGUUUUAAUGUUUUACUUAAAAAAAAAAUGUAUAUGAAGUGACAAGACUACAAAUCUCAAAAGCAAUCACGAGUUAUCAGUACUAAAAGUUCCGUCGAAUUGUUUGGUGAAAAUGUGAAUGCUUGUGAUUAACCAGCAAAGAUGAGUGUCUGUAAAAAACCAUUUAAACUAUUACAAUGUUAAUUGGCGGAUAGGUGUUGUUUAAAUGUUAUUAUGUGAGGACUAGCAAAGGAAUGUGAAAUACCCUAUUUAGCCUCUUUCCUCUCCUUGGGGGCUGUGAGUCCUUUACAAGCACAAAGCUAUAAUAUUUUAUAGUAUUUUGCCCCUAACAAAUCUGGUACAAAUUAAGAUGUAAUUAGGAGACCAUUUGAAAACUGUCUGUAUCCUACUUGGCUUGCCCACCGUUAUUGUGCCUUUCUACUUUUAUAAUGAGGCCUGAUCCGAUGGGUAUUUUGUAGAGAAGAGCUAUAGCAAUGCCUGUGGAAGCCUAGUGUGUAAAUAUGUCUUAAAUGUUCUCAGGGGGAACCUAUAUGCAGAAGUAACCAUAAAUGCAAUCAGUCACAAUGAAAGGGUAUUUUCUGUUGAAAUCACCAAUGUUUAUAGGUUUGCCAAUGUUUGUUUAAAUUUUGAGCAAAAACUUGGCUGUCCUUUGUAUUUAAUCUUCUCCAUUUCUUAGUAAAUACAUUUGUUUUGCUGUCAACAUCCAGUCACAUCCUAAACAACUGGCACCAUUGUUGAGUUGAGUGAAAAAGAUGGUCUAAUUGUUAAAUAUUGUGCUUAACAAAUGCUCAGAUAAAAAUGGGAAAGGGCAUUUCAAAAUGGGUGACAAAGUGUAUUAGGGUUCUGGACAGAUUCUGCACAGAGUAAUGGUUUAAGAUCAUCCUGUCUAGGGCAUUGUGCUGGACGAUAAAAAAUUAUGUAAAAUCUCUAAUCACUUCAGCACAAACUCUAAUCUCACAAUGGUUCCAAAUGUCCAACAGUCAUCCAUACUUUUAUUGAAAUGGAGUGGAAUAAAACAAUAGUGUGACUUACUAAACAGGAAUUCUAGUCAUGUAAAUUUUAAUGGUCAAAACACAGCCUUAUUUUUGCUCUUAUAGAUAGUGUUUGUGGCUAUAAAAAUAAUUGUUAUACUGCUUAGGAAUGUGGUGUUGUUUGUUUUCAUGAUCAAAGUAAUUUAGAUAAAACAA